UUGUAAUCAAUCAAUUUUCGGCGGCAAAACAUUCAAAACAAUGAUAACUGUCGGUCAUGAAACGAGUUCUUUGCUGUCAUAUGUGUCAAUGUCAUUACAAAUGAUAACGGACAAAAUUCUUAUCAUAAUUUAUUAUCAAGACAAGAAUAACAAGCGUGAAGUAGUCAUGAUAAGUAAGUAAAUGAGUUUUCUCAAGAUUAUGUUCAUAGCUGCGGCACAAGCACAAGUACCUAACUAAUCUUUUGCAUUUAUUGCAUUUGAGAUUUUCAAAAAAAUAGUCGUACUGUCGAAAUAAGAAGCAAUUGCCGAUAAUAUGUCACAAAUUGUAGUAAUUGGAUCCUGUGGUGUUGAUUUUACAACGUAUGCACCACGAUUGCCCAAACCAGGGGAGACACUUAUUGGAAACAAAUUUACAACAAGUUAUGGAGGAAAAGGUGCUAAUCAAUGUGUUGCAGCUGCAAAGUUGGGAGGAAAAACGUCCAUGAUAUGUAGACUGGGAAAUGAUCAGUGGGGUGACAAAUACAGGGAUAAUUUAGAACAAGUUGGAGUAGAUACUACUCAUGUGAAAAUUACUCCAAAUGUAACAACAGGUAUUGCUCAAAUAUCUGUUGCGGAAAGUGGAGAAAACCAAAUUGUAAUUGUACCAGGAGCGAACAGUUAUCUCAGUAUAGAAGAUGUUAAAAAUUCUGCUGAUCUGAUCACUAAUGCUGAUGUAGUUAUUGGCCAGUUGGAAACACCCUUUGAAACUACACUUGAAGCUUUCAAAUUGGCCAAAGGAUUGAAACUUCUGAAUGCAGCACCAGCAAGAUCAGACAUAAAAGAAAUAUUACCUUAUUGUUCAAUACUCUGUGUCAAUGAACCUGAAGCAUCCUUACUAACAAAUACUGAAUUUGAAAUUAAAAAUGCAGUUCCUAUCCUGAAACAAUUACUUGAAACUGGUUGUGAAUCUGUGAUCAUUACUUUGGGACCUGAGGGGGCUGUUUACAUUUCUAAAAUUGAUCAGCAACCAGUACAUGUGUUCUGUGAGCGUGUCAAUGCCAUUGAUACUACGGGCGCCGGCGAUGCAUUUGUGGGUGCUUUGGCUACAUAUUUAGUGACAUAUAAGGAUAAACCUAUGCAUCAAAUCAUAGGUGCUGCAUGUCAAGUGGCGACAAUGUCUGUCACUAAAGAAGGCACUCAAACAAGCUACCCGCGCAAAUUCGAUGCGUUCAAAAAGGAAUAUAAAUAUGUUCUGUUGUAAUUUGAAAGUUAAUAAAACACUCAUGGAAGUCGAUAUAUUAUAUUAAACUAGUUAAUCAUAAGCUAAAUUCUUAUUUUUUUUAUAACAUGUAAGCAAGCAAUUUU